AAUAUUGAUAAGCUGGAGAGUCUGGAUUCGAGCUUCGUGAGUGGCGGAGCGGGAAAAUUGGAGAGUGUGCCUGAUUCGCGUAGCGCGAUAUUUAAGAGCCGGAGCUUGUUGGGGCCGGAGAAGUACCAGUUGAUGAACUUCUUCAAGCUCAUCCAUUGGAAGAUACUCAUAAUCUGUACUAAAGGAGUGGUGAAAGGUGCAUCUUUACCCAUAGCUACUAUUGGGUUUUCUAACGCAAAUGGUGCCAUAAUAUACCCCAUUUAUGGACAAGGGGAACUUUCUCAAGCUUUUUGUCGUCGUGCUGCUGUCAAGGGGUGCAUUUAUGUUUUAAGGAUGCCUAUAACUGCUCUGAUCAUGGAUAAGGAUGGGCGUACCUAUCAAGGUGUAAGAUUAGCAUCUGGUCAGGAGCUAUCCAGUCCUCUGCUGAUUCUUGCUCCCUCUUUCACAAUUCCAAAAACUUCAUCGCCUGGUGUUGAGGUGACAAAUUCUAAUGAUAAAAGUCCCUCAAAUGCUGAAGGGAAUGUUGCUCGGGGAAUAUGCAUUGCCAAGAAUUCUGUAAAGUCAGAAGCUGCUAAUUGCCUGGUGUUCUUUCCUCCAAGAUCUCUGUAUCCAGAACAGAAAACAUCAGUCCGUGUAUUGCAGCUGAGCAGUAAUGUGGGCAUUUGCCCCUCUAACACGGAAGUAUCUGUGGCGCUUAAAGAAGAUGACUUCACUCGCAUAAUAAGAUGCUUUUUUCCAUUGAAUCAGAAUUGCUUUCUCACAUUUAAUCACGAAAAUCAUUGCAAUGGUCUUUUGAGUAUCAUCCAACAUGUGUUAUUGUGCCUACCUAAUUUCAGGUUUGUGACAUAUCUGUCAGCUGUCUGUGAUGAAGCUGUGGAAGGGAAGAAAUUACUAAAUGCAGCCGUAAAUGCACUGUUCCAUAUAGCUGUAUCUUCGUCGCCUGAGAAUAAUGAGAUAGAUAAUUUACGUGAGCACACAGAAGAAAAACCCUGUUUGCUUUGGAGCGCCUUGUACAUUCAAGAUCUAACUAAGUUCCACGGUGCUGCUUGUAACUCCAUCAGGUUCACUCCGAUGCCAGAUGAGCAUCUGCAUUAUGAUGAUAUUCUAGAUGCGACAGAAAAGCUCUUUAAAGAAUUGUUUCCAAAUGAAGACUUUUUUGCAACAGCAAGCACAUCUGAUUCUGAUGAGCAUCUUGAUGACGGGAAUACUGAGUCGGAUCCAUAGGAGAAAUAUUCUGAAAAACCUACUGGGCUGUCCAUGUUAAAACCGAGUGAUUGUGAAGAAUGCGCUUACAGAGAUCACAUGCUCUUGUAUCUACCAAGCCUGCCCAUGGUGAAUUCCACAUGUCAUCACAGCUGAAGUUGAUUAUCGAUCAGAAGAUGCAAUGCAAUUAAGAGGUAAACGAGUGCGCUUGUUCUAAAUCUCCUCCGUUGCAACAUUGGGUUGACUGUCCACGCAGUGAUGACCGGAGGCGGAGAGUAUUUCAGUGGUGAAAACUAGGGGGUGUGUCGUGCCUACUUGGUUGUUUGGAAUUAGAUACGCGAUGUUGGAGCUAUGGUCAUUGGGGAAACCUUAGCUGAAGGUGUUCUACUUCAUCCAAUUAUUCCAAAUUAAAAAAAAAAGUGUUUUUUCGUAAGUCUCAUGCAUGUUUUAAUUUUGUAUUUGUAUUUGUAUUUGUAUUUGUAUUUGUAUUUGUAUUUGUAUUUGUAUUUGUAUUUGUUGCUUCUUAUUUAUACAGCACAACAGGACCCCUGUAUUAUUUAACUUUUUAAUCAUAUUACUUAUUAGCCGAA